AUGGUUGGACGACUUAAUAAUGAUAUGACUUAUCAAACAACAAGAGUUAUUCAAUGGCUUAGUGGUGAACGAGCAAUUGAUGUUCCAAAUGACUUUCAUAUUUCUAAAGAUACAAUUAAACAUGAAAUUGUUUCAUCAGAUAAAGAAUGUAUUGAAUUACAACGUCUUCAAUCAUUCAACAAACAAUUUACUACAACAUAUGAACGAUCCUGUUUACUUGAUCGUCGUUUAAAUCGAUUAUCGCCCGAUACUCAAACAUUAGAUGAAGCUUAUUGUACUUUAUCAUCUCGACAUAGUAUACAAAAUAAAAAUAUAAAUGAUUUAAUACCUAAAGAAUCAACGAGUGAUAGUAAUAGUUUAUCAAGUACAACACAAAUGUCUUUAUCAUCACCAAUUUUAUCGAUAUCAACUGAUGAUACAUUAGAUCGUAUAAAACUUUCAAAUAAUUCUAUUCAAGAAGGUAUGGAUCUUUUACGUGAAAUUGCUCAACAAAGUUGUCAUCUAUUACCAUUGAUAACAAAUAAUAAUAAUGAUCAUUCAAUGGAAUUAUAUCGAAAUAUUACAAAUAAUGGACAAGAUUUUAAAGAAAUAGUUAAUGAAUUUGUUGAUUUAAUUGAAAAUAAAUUAUCCGAUGCAGAAACAAAACUAUUCGAUGAUAAUACAACAAGAGCAACAUCUCCAUCAUUAUUUGAUAUGUUAAAUGAUCUUAAAACAUGUUUAACAUUAUUACGUCGUACAGAAAUACAAAGUCUUUUAAAUGUAUUUGAUAAUGUUCUUAAAUUACAUUGUUAUCCAUCUGCAUUACCAGACAAUGAAGAAAUAAUAAUAAAUAAUAAUAAUAAUCAUGAAAAUGACGAAUUAAAAAAAUUAUCUCAAUAUGAAAUUGAUGAAAUAAAAAUUGUUAAAAUUGAAAAAAAUCAUCAACCAUUAGGUUUAACAAUAUCACGUACUGAUUCAGGUACAAUACAUAUAGCUCGUAUUGUUGUUGGUAGUCUUGCAGCAAGUACACAACUUUUUCAAAUUAAUGAUCGUAUACUUGAAAUAAAUGAUCAAGCAAUAACAGGACAUUCACUUGAUUAUGUUUGUACAUUAAUGUCAAAUGCAACCGGAUUAAUUAAAUUUCUUCUUUCACCACCAAAAAUAUCAAAUCAAAUUUCAUAUGAUAUAUUUCAUGUUCGAACAUUAUUUACCUAUGAUCCAUUUAAUGAUCCAUUAAUACCAUGUAAAGAACUUGGUUUAAAAUUUCAACGUGGUGAUAUAUUACGUAUUGUUGCACGUGAUGAAAAUUUUUUAAAAAUGAAUUAUACAUGGUGGCAAGCAUAUCAUGAAAAUUCAAUCGAAACAGAAAUCAAUUCAUGUCUAGCUGGUUUAAUACCAUCGGAUAGUUUACAACAAAAACGUACAGAUUUACUUAAAGCUAUUUCGGAUGAUACAGAUUCAAUUUCAUCAUUAACAUCAUCACCACCAUUAUCAUCAUUUAAUAAUCAGAAAAAAAUUAGUACAACUUGUUUCACUUGUGUAAAUAGUAAACAAGAACAACAACAACGAAAACCACUUCAAAUCGUUUAUAAUAAUGUAUCUUUUAUUCGUGAUAUUAAUGAUAAAGAAACACCUACGAUACGAACAUCAACAAAUCAUUUUUCAUUAAAAGAUACAAGACAAUUCGAUGAAGAACAAUCAUCAAAAACAUUAAAAAGAUUUUCGGAAAAAAAUAAAGAUACGACAAAUGAUUCAUUUCGUUUUUAUGAACCUGUUUUUCGUCUUAAUAUAUCAACGCAAAAAAUAACACGACCAAUUGUUCUAAUAGGUGCCCCAAAUGUUGGUCGACAUGAAUUACGUCGUCGUCUUUUACAAAAUGAACCACAUCUUUUUGAUGUUGCUAUACCUCAUACAACACGUGCUCGUCGUUUACAAGAAACACCUGAUAUUGAUUAUCAUUUUGUUUCUGAAGCUGAUUUUUUAGCACAAGUUGCAUGUCAUUCAUUUGUUGAAUUUGGUCAAUAUGAUCGUGAUUUAUAUGGAACAUCGAUUGAUGAUAUUCGGCAAAUAGUUGAAAUAAAACGAAAAAUUUGUAUAUUAAAUUUAAAUCCAGAUGCAUUACGAACAUUUUAUCAAACAGAUCUUUAUCCAUAUAUAAUAUGUAUAGCAGCACCAUCAUUUGAACGUCUUAAACGUUUAGAACUUGAUCGUCGUGAACAUUUAACUGAUAAAGAUUAUCGUGAAAUUAUACAAAAAAGUCGAUCAAUUGAAAGACGUUAUAAUUUAUUAUUUGAUCAAAUUUUAAUUAAUAAUGAUUUAGAUCGAACUUACAUCGAAUUACAUGAUUUAAUCCUACGAAUACAGCAUGAUAAUCAUCAAUGGGUACGAGCAUGUUAUCGACGAUCAUAA